UCACGACGCGGUGAAUGAAAGCUGCGUCAUAGCAGUAGUGUACUCCAAAACUGACUUCAAAAGGAUAUAUAUAGAGGCCUCGGUCACUUCGUGGUUAAGACAAAGAUAGCUAUAUAUAAGAACACAUUUCCUUGAAUGAUUAGUAUACAACUCUGAACCAAUGUAAGCAACACACAAGGCUUUUCUACAGCCGAAAUUAAGGAUGAAUAUGAAACUGUUGCUGUUGGUGGCGGUGGGCGUGGUCUUGGUCCCUGAGAUCGCAGGGUGGCGGCGGUAUACGCGAUAUACGCGUUAUACAUCAUACGGCCUUUAUCAACAUUACCGCAAUCUAUGCAAUAAAGUGUCACAUCUAAAGCACUUAGUUUUACUUCUUAGUAAAGGAUUGAAAGGCGAGCCUGGGCCAGCAGGACAAAAGGGGGACAUGGGUGACCAAGGGACCACGGGAUCUCAGGGUAACCAAGGCAACAAGGGAACUCUUGGGGUCAAAGGUGACAUGGGGAUCCAAGGCUCUCAGGGGCCUGCUGGAGAUAAAGGAGUGACAGGUGCAUCAGGAGCAAAGGGGGAUAAGGGAGAACAAGGAGCCCAGGGGGCCACUGGAAUGACUGGUGCCGCGGGGACGAAAGGAGAAAAGGGGGCUUCUGAAAAGGGGGAGGCGGGCGUAAACGGACAGAAAGGAGACGUCGGACCUGCCGGUGCUGUAGGAGCACCUGGGGCCAAGGGGGAUAAAGGGGACAAUGCACAGAAAGGUGACGCCGGGUCUAAAGGGGAUACGGGCCCCACUGCAAACAAGGGCGAGAAGGGACAGAAAGGCACGAAGGGGGAGAAGGGCAACGCUGGAGGAUCACUUUUAUUUUCUUUUAUUUCAUCAUGUAGCAGGAUGAAUAUGAAGUUGUUGUUAUUGGUGGCGGUGGGCGUGGUCUUGAUCCCCGAGACGACGGGAUGGAGGCGGUAUUCCUAUAGAUUGUCAUAUCAGUACCACUAUCUACACAAACAACUGAAACACCUAAAACACCUCAUCUCAGUCCUCGGUAAAGGAAUGAAGGGCGAGCCUGGGGCUGCAGGACAACAGGGGGACACCGGUACCAAAGGGACCACUGGAACUCAGGGUAACCAAGGUGCCAAGGGGGAUCUAGGGGUCAACGGUGAUAAGGGUCCCCAAGGUUCACAGGGCGCUACCGGACAGAAAGGAGACCAAGGAGCAUCAGGAACAAAGGGUGAUACGGGGGAACAGGGAGCUAAAGGGGCCACUGGUACGGCUGGUUCCGCGGGGAGUAAAGGAGAUACAGGGGUGUCGGAUAAGGGGGAGCCCGGCACAAAAGGACAGCAGGGAGACGUCGGACUUACAGGUGCUGCAGGAGCGGCUGGGGCGAAGGGUGAGGCAGGAGCCGAGGGACAGAAAGGUGAACCGGGGACUAAAGGGGACACGGGAACCGCCGGAGAGAAGGGCGAGAAGGGAGAAAAGGGGACAAAGGGACAGACAGGAGGCACCUGAGGGGAAAACAUUUCUAACUUAACUCGGUGGACAGAGUGUUUAAGCUAAUGGCUUAAUUAUGAACACGUGUGAAUGAUGUAAAUAUCAAAUAUUCAGAGGAUUCCUUUUUCUUCUUUCGCAGGCCUUUCAUAGUUCUGUCUUUCCAACUCUGCUUGUUUUCCUUCAGUCAAAUUAUCAUA